AUGGCUUCUUCGAGCGAACGUUACAACAUCAUCUACCUCGCUAAGCUAGCCGGCCAAGCCGAACGCUAUGAUGAUAUGAUAGAUGCAAUGAAGAAGUUGGUAAAAUUUAACAUCGAUUUAACAGCCGAAGAGCGUAAUCUCCUUUCAAUGGCGUACAAGAAACUUACCGAGCCAAAGAGAGAAUCAUGGAAACUUCUCUCAACAACUGAGCAGGAGGAGGAUACAGUAUACAAAAACGAGAUGUACAUCAAGUGUAUUCAAGAUUAUCGUAAUAUAGUCGAGUCGGAUCUUGUUGAGAUUUGCUACGACGCUAUAACUCUAAUUGAUGACCACCUCCUUCCUUUCGCGUCUAGCACUGAAUCCUCCGUCUUUUACUUAAAGAUGAAAGCGGAUCAUUACCGAUAUAUAGCCGAAAUCAAAACUGGUGAUGCAAAAUCAUUAAUCGCCGAAGAGGCAUUGAGGACCUAUAAGGAAGCAUUGACCAUAGCAGUGGCUCAAUUUUCACCUAUUCAUUCAACACGCUUAGGCUUGGAAUUAAAUUUUGCUGUUUUUCACUAUGAGGUUUCAAAUUCUUAUCAAAGGGCAUAUCAUUUGGCAAAAGAAGCUUUUGAAGAGGCUAUGUUGGAGUUGGAUGAUUUAGGCAGCAGGGCUCUCUCGAAAGAUAGCAAGGUUAUCCUCAAUCUUUUGAGUGAUAACAUUACACUAUGGAAGGGCGAGAAUGGUGAAAGGAACCUUUGA